UGAUUUACAGCGCUGAUGACAAAAUGACUGCCGUCAGAGGACCAAUUUUUGAAUCAAAAGUGGUUGUCACAAUUAUCAUGUCAACAUUUCAUCGAUACUCGUAUCGCGGCAAUUAUAGUUAUUAGUUGAAACCUGAGGGAGUCGCUGGCAAAACAAAUAAUUAAUUAGUAAGUAGGGUAAUUAAGAUAUUCCAACGUUCGGUUGGAGUAUAUAUAACAUGUACGUAUAACGGGGCGAACCAUUGACUUAUCUAAUAGCGCAAGUCAUGGCUCAUAUCUUCAAACUACAGGAAUACUGCCUGAGAGCGAUGGGACACAGUCACGAGCCGGAUAGCUCCGGCUCCGGCUCCGGUUCCGGCGGGGGGGCCUUGAGCCUGAAGCACGUUGUCUCACUGCUCUUUGCAGCAUCAGCGCAGUAUCCCCUGAUCCACAACGUGGUGUACCACCGCAAUAACAUGGAGCUGGCUACAGCCGGCAUGAGUGUUCUCCUCACCAACUUGCUGACGCUCUUCAAAAUAGCCACUUUUCUCGUGUACAAGCAGGACUUUUGGCGAAUGAUCCAGAGCUUCAGGCAAAUGCAUCAGCAAUCGAGUCGGAAUAUUCGAGACGGAGACGGAUACGGCUACGUGGCCGAGGCAAACAAGUUGGCCUCCCUGCUGGGCCGGGCAUACUGCACAUCCUGUGCCGCCACAGGACUGUACUUCAUGGUGUCGCCAAUUUUGAAGAUUAUAGCCAACAGCUGGCGUGGCACAACAUAUGUAAGGGAGUUGCCCAUGCCCUUGAGGCUCCCAUUCAACUAUGUGGAUAGUCCCGGAUACGAAAUCGGCUUCGUGUAUAUUUUGCUGGUUACCAUCGUCGUGGUGUCGUACGCUUCUGCCGUAGAUGGGCUUUUUAUUUCGUUUGCCAUUAAUCUGCGAGCACACUUUCAGACCUUGCAGCGCGACAUCCGAACUACGGACUUUUCUCAGUCGGAACAUGAGUUCCAAAAGGCCCUUAAAGACUUGGUGGACUAUCAUAUACGGUUGUUGACCCUAUCCAAGCGCCUACGUGUGAUGUAUAUGCCCAUAGUGUUCGGACAGUUCUUUAUAACAUCGCUGCAGGUCGGCGUCAUCAUAUAUCAGCUCGUGACGAACAUGGACUCGAUUAUGGCCCUCUUGGUGUACCUAUCAUUUUUGGGGUCCAUCAUGCUGCAAUUAUUCAUAUAUUGCUAUGGCGGAGAAAUCAUUAAAGUCGAGAGUCAUCGGGUCGAUGUUGCCGUCCAGCUCUCCAACUGGUAUCAGGCAGCCCCGAAGCUGCGCAGAUCCUUGGCAUUCAUCAUAUUGCGAUCCCAGCGGGACCUGCUCAUUAAGGCUGGGUUCUAUGAGGCUUCCCUGGGAAAUUUUCUUGCGAUUUGUAGGGCUGCCUUAUCGUUUAUAACUCUGAUCAAAUCCAUUGAAUAAUUGCCGGUUAAUAAGAACCACGAGGCUAUUGUUAUUUACGUUUAAUCUUCAUCUAAUAGAA